UCAUUUAGGCUUGCUUUUAAGAUGGGUUUGUAAAGGCACUGUUCAAAAAUCAGCAGGCAAUUAAUAUAAAACAGACGGGAUGCAUGAACGUACAUGCAAAGACUCAAAUAGUCCUAUUUAGGCUUGGGUCUUUGGAGUUAAAUAAACAUGCAAAGGGGGUACUAGCUUUGCCAAUACUGCCCGUGGAUUGGAAGGAAACAGUCUGCAGCAGAGAACCUGCAGUACUCAUGUAGCUCCCCCGAAUGCAAUGCAGAACUCUGAAUUUCCACCGAGAUAAUACGUUGCAGGUACGGUUCUACUCUAUCAGUUCUUGGUCUCAUUUUUAAGAGUUCCAAAGUUUGAAAAGGCACCUAUCUUUUAACAAUGAUACCUCAAAAUUACAACAAUCUGGCUUUAGCACCUGAAGUGGUCUUCCACUCCCAUCACACCAUCCGUGACACUUAUAAAUAGAGGCUUUUAUUGGUGAAAUAUGUAUGUAUCUCACAGCAGAGUGGCUGCAUGGCAUGCGGUAUAUCUAUCAGUAGGAUUUAGUGUUCAGUUUCUGAAACACUAGAGCACAAUACGGAAGGAGGUGGGGGAUGCUGAAGAAAAGCAUAUUUAAAAAUAAACCUAGAUCUUAACACAAUCAAAUGUGAUUUAUAGCAAGUCUCUGUUUCUCUCUUUUCAAAUUUAAGCACCGGCGCUGGAAGCUGUUCUUUAAGUUGCCACUAUAAAUCAAGGAGGACAGGCAAAACCCUUCCAAGACAAGGGAAUACACUUAUUGAAUUUCACUUGCUCAGAUUUCAAAUUGACACUAUUUACAUACAAGACGUGAUUUAUUCGUUGCAGAUUUCCCCCAUUUAAUGUGUUGUUACUUUUCAAGCCUGGAACAUAUCACUGUAAAUAAGAGCACUUGUACACUCAGGUGUUAGGAGAUAGGUCUGCUGCACGCAACACUCGGGAUAACAGAGCCCUGAAAUGUGAGCAGGCCAUAGAAGAUACAGAAUGUACUUGAGAGGAGUAACAGUGUCAAAGGAAAUCAUCCCUCCAAAUGCUUAAGUCAUAUGAGCAAGAUCAUACACUAAGAACUGUGGAGAAAGCAAAUUCUACUGCUGCACCACAGCGGAAACUGUGAAGUUAGAGGCAGGUCCUAGGUAUGCCCCGAGGCCACCACCUUACUAAAACUAAGCAGGUCUGGGUCUGGCCUGAAUGGGACCCGGGCCCCCCUUGGAACCACAUGUGUACCACCUUGUGUUUCAGGGUGGUAAAAAAGGAGAGAUAUAAAUGUAAUGAAAUAAAAUAAAAUAUACUUUGCUGUGGACCACACUACAAUGAUCCUCCAAUGUACCAUGCUCUGCAGUUAACAACUACAGUGGUACCUUUGGUUACGAACUUAAUUCGUUUCGGAGGUCUGUUCUUAAGCUGAAACGGUUCUUAUCCUGAGGCGUGCUUUUGCUAAUGGGGCCUCUGGAGUGCGAUUUCCCUUCGCCUCCUGGGGCAAAGUUCGCAACCAGGAGCAGCUACUUCCAGGUUAGCAGAGCUCGUAACCUGAAGCGUUUGUAGCCAGAAGUGUUCGUAACCAGAGGUACCACUGUACAAACACUGGUGUGAAAUUUGUUCCAUACUAGCUACUAGUUUGCUCCAAAGGAAAGCAGUAAUAUAUGCUGCUUUUUUUAUUAUUAAAGGUUGGUAAAAACUGGCGAGUUCUUGGCAGUCUUUUUAUUUUGUUCGUUUCGCUUUGGACUUGUACAGUGACUGGCAUUCCAUAGAAUGGGAUUAACCGCAUUGUACUAGACACAAGUUGAAUUCAAGGCUUGUAUCAGAGGCAGAUUUAGGGCAGGGAGAGUGGCUCCCUGCCCCCCCCCCGGCUCUGAACUGAGGCGUGUGCUGCAGUGCAUUGCAACUAUGAUGUAGUGCACGUGCAGAAAGGAAGGUGCACUGAAUUUUGGCCUCACACAAGGUGCUGCUGAAAUUUGAAAGACCCAAGUCUGCCUGUGCUUGUAUCCUAACACUAUGGCGUUUGCUUGUUUAUUUGUUUGCUCUUGUACUGGGAGGUGUCAGAUUUGUUUCCAGUGAAACAGAAUUGCUGUCAAGAGCAAUUGUUGCUGCUGGUCUAAGCUUGAAAGCAUAGCAGCGAACUCCUAGGGGCUGAGGUCCCUUUGCCCUCCUCUCUCAUAAAAUAUUUGAGGCGGCUGCCCCCUCCCCCCAGUUGAUGGGCAUUGCCAUUCAAAUGGUGUGUGUGCUGCAUCCUGCGAUUGAUUGUGAAGAGCGGGGCUUACCUGAGCCCCCUCAAUAUUUAUUCAAGUUGGCACUCCUGCUGGAAAACAAAGAAAAGUCCAGGAAUCUAAUCAGGAGUACAGCUGAUGCUAUAAGGAAGAGAGUACCUGUGCAUGUGCAGAAAGCAGUUCCAUCUACUAGUCUAGGGACACGAUCAAGGUGAGCUCAGACCCUCCAAGUGUCCCUAUUUUCCAGGGACAGUCCCGGAUUUACAGAAGGUGUCCUGGUUUGAUCCUGGAAUGCCCUGCAUUUCCUUAGGACGCCCCUAUUUUAAUCGGGGAAAUGUUGGCGAGUAUGCCUUAGCCUGACAACAGUCGCGCACCUUUCUUUUGAGAACCAGUGAGCCAGCCACCUAUUUGCACCUGCAGAGUCACAGAGAAGAACCUAACAACCACCAAACACUUCGUCCUUCUUAAGUCCUGCGUUUAAAGUGCACUUUUUGUCCUAAAAACACAUGGGGAACGAUUCGUUGCAGCAGCAGCGGUGACCCCAUUAUCUUGAUUUCCAGAACGGGACAGGCCAGGACUGGAAAAGCGGAAAAAGUCAGCACCAAGCCUAGGUGAAUGAAUGGAGCCAGCAGCCGCGGCCAGCGCUUGCGAGCUUCCUUUGUGGCUCCCGCCCCUCGUUCCAAGCCGGAGAGAGGGCACGUAACAAUCCCAGAUCCCAGUCUCUCCCUGCACGUCCGGCACUGCCCGGGAGCUUUUUCGUGCGCUGCGUUGGAUCCCGCGUGUUCCCAGCGCGUGUCCUCGAGGGACGGCUGGAUGAGGCGGCGGCGGCGGCGGCGGCGAGAGAGAGAGAGAGAGAGGAAGCCAGGAGGGCGGGAAGGAGGGAGGCGCUGGGCGGGGGCGGAGGCGCCGCUCGCUCCCCGCGGUACGUGUGCACGCUCCCGAGCGGCAUGUCCUCGCUCCUCGUAUCCGGCGGCGUGUGGCGCGAGCAUGGCAUUUCCCGCGUGGAGCUCGGGCCCGGCCAGAAGCGGCAUGCCGCCGCCGUGGUGAGGCGACGCCGCCCCGCCGGCCGGGAGCGGGACCUGGUCUUGCGCGCAAACCAUGGCCUCCUCCGGCGGGGAAGCGGCCCAGCAGCAGCCCCCGGCGGCCGCCCAGCUCCGCGGAGACUCAGUAGAAAGCAUGAGGAGGAUUUUCAUCCACCACCCGCCCGGGAGCCGCCAGGAGGGGGGCGGAGAGGAGCAGCCUGCCGGGCCGGCCGCAGGCCCCCUCGGAGGCCUCUUGUGCCCCGCUGCGAGCCCGGCGGAGGCCCCGGGCGUCGAGGGCGCUUCGCCCUCCGCCGGCUCUCCGCCUGGCAGCAAAGCUCCUCUCCGGGAGCCCCGCAGAGAUGCGCAGAGGCUAGUCUUGCGCUACGUGGUGCCUUGCAUGAACGCCUAUGGCUUGUGCAUAGUCGACCACUUCCUGGGGCACAGGAUGGCCGAGAAAAUCUUCCAAGAGGUCCUGGCUUUGCACCUGAGUGACAAAUUCCAGGACGGCGCCCUGGCGAGCCAGAAGGCGGGCGGCGGCCGCGCCAUUCGCGGGGACAAGAUUUUGUGGGUUGAGGGCAGUGAGCCGGGCUGUGAAAAUAUAGGUUACCUCCUGAAAAGAAUGGAUAAGCUCAUCAUGUACGCAGAUGGCAAGCUGGGGCGCUACAAAAUUAGAGGAAGACACAAGGUUAGUAGCUUGCAAGCCCCGACUGAAGUUCACUCCGGGCUCCUCCGGAGUUUCUGAUCUCCCUCUCUUGCCAUUUCAUGUACUCUUCCGAGUCUUAACCACGCAAUUCCUGGCCGCUCUGCUACCAGCUGCAACUCGGGCUUGGCAUUUGGUCCAUCCGCUCAGAUCCUAACCCUAGUUCUAUCGCAUUGUGAAACAACUUUAAACCGUGUAGCGUUCACAGCCUGGCAGCCCACGUGGGAUUUCCUAUAUCCACGAAUUGGAGAGGUAGUAGCGGGUGAUUUUGUAUGGCGGGGGGUAACCUCACUACGCUUAAAGACACGGUUUCCUUUUUUUGUUUUCCCCGCCUUCAUCAAAAGUUCCCUAGAGUUAUUAACCAGGAUUUGUGAGCUACAGUUUCAAAGAGAACAAAUUUUCUGAAACACUCGUGCGUGCAUAUACAUAUAUAUAACCCCGAACAUCUUACUUUAACGGCUCUCUCUAACGUUUAUACAGUAUUGGUAAUUUCUGAAACGAUAGUUAUCUUGGCAGGCUAUGAAAGUGGGCAUAUUUUCCUAGCUUUUAGAAGAGGAAUGAGGUUUAGAAUCCAGGUGGUGACAAGUCAGUGAGUGCUUUUUAAACACAUCAUCUGUAACGAGAGGCUUUUGAAAGCCGGGAACUGGUAUUCCGUACGCAUGAUCUUGUUUGCAAAGCGAAUUCCAGCUCUGCAAUGUUUUGUCAGCACAUGAUCAGGUGUGAAAAGGGAGGAGGAUGUCUUGUAGUGGGAGAGGGAGAGAAAGAAAAGAGGGAGAUAAGCACUUGUAACCUCGCUCCCCAUCCCUAUAGCAUUAAGUUGCCAAGAGAAACUCAACUGGCACUUAACGCCCUUAUACCCCCCCUCCGUUUGUUUACAUUGGCUUGUAGUAUGUGACCGUAGUAGAAGCGUACAUGCUGGGGGAGAAUUCCUCAAUGGCGGAGACCACACCCACUCCGAGUUGUAGGCGGUGCACGACAAACCAUAAGCCGCGCCUCCUCCAGACACGCGGCUUUUCCUCUCCGCCCUUUCCCCCACGCCUUGAUUCCAGCCGUGAACCCUACGCGGGUUGGACGCUUCCGGCGAAGCCCCGCCCCGCCUCCCUCCUGAUUGGCUGCCCUCACGUUCCACAGGGCUGCGGGUAGGCGCGGGGAGAGAUUGUCCCCGGGACGGGGCUCCACCCACGUGGCGCUCGCCGCAGAAGUAGGAACACAUUCUGCACGUAGCAGACGUAUUAAUCAGAGAGGGGCCAUCUGCUGCCUCGGUGAAAUUGAAAGGAGUUUGCAGGACUCGGCACCAAAAAAUUUUUUAAAAAAAAAUUAGGGGGAGUGAUCACAUCAGCAAUUGCGGGGGGUUCACACACUGGUCUCCCGGCCUUAAAGCUGGUAGAAAAGAGCUGCUUCAGCUUCCUUUUCCAGCAGCUGCCUCUCUGCCAAGGUGCUGAUCCCCCCGCGGUAUUGGGUGGAGGUCAGUCCACGGAAGGCGUGCAGCCACCGUUCACUUCAUUAGCAAGCCUUGUGUCGCCCAGGGGUUGGGAGAACCCGAGAAGGUGGCUGCUGACUGCGCUGAAGACAAAAGUACGACUUUAGCCAAACUUUUGGGCACGCCGGUUUCUCUGACUAGCCGGACCCUGAUUUGCUCUGCUCGCUUCUCCCAAGAGUUAGGCAUCGCUGCUGGCGCGUGUGGCGGAUUCAGUGUGUUAGAAUCGCUGAUAGAAACCAGGUCUCCUGGCGCGCGCUCCGCCGCUUGGCUUGCGGCUCUUGACUUUCUGCUACAAGGGGCGAAAUCAGUGGGGUUCAUUAAAAUGCCACUGGGACAUAUCAUGAGAUUAGACCUAGAGAGAAUUGCCUUGGACUACAUAGUGCCUUGCUUGCAUGACAUUGGUUUUUGCUACCUGGACAAUUUUUUGGGCGACUUGGUAGGAGACUGUGUCCUGGAACGUGUGAAGCAGAUGCAUUAUAACGGGGAGCUGCAGGAUGGUCAGCUAGCCGGCAAGCGCAACGGCAUCUCCAAGAGACACUUGAGGGGAGACCAGAUAAAGUGGAUCGCAGGCACUGAGGAGGGAUGCGAGGCCAUCAACUUUCUCUUGUCACUGAUAGACAGACUGGUUAUGUACUGUGGAAGUAGACUUGGCAAAUACUAUGUGAAAGAGAGGUCCAAGGUAAGAAAUUCAAAUGGGGGGAAAUAGCUACUAACACUUCUAAUGUAAUGGGGACUUUUAAUUAGGGAGCCAUGUUUGAAUGUUUGGGUUGUAAGGGGGUUAAUAUCCUUAUUUGCUUUCAUACUGAUGCUGGGCUUAAUAUUUCCAUCAUAAACUGCAAAACGCAGGUAAGCGAUACCUGGGAUAGUUUUUAUGAUCCUCCACGCCAAGUUAAGAUCCUAAAAAAGUUUAUUGUGAAUAUGCUCCUUUGGAAUCAACUGGAUUUACUUACUGGUUUAAGAAUUUUUCACUUUUUCAGUGCAGCAUGUAAAUGACUAUAAUUCACACUGGGGCAGCCAAUUUGGUUUAAGUGAGAUUAUAACUGUAACUGGCCCUCUUGUCUCCUCCUAGAAGUGGAAAUGCAGGAUGUUGCAUUUGUGAGGAAUUUGUUUUUUAAAAAUAUUACUAAGAAGAAUUCCAAUAUAGCAUUGAAUAUACACCUGUAGAAGUUUCCUAGAACUACAUUGGCAAUUCAAAAUGAUUUUGAAUGGUGCCAAAAGUUUGUAUAAGUCCAUUGCCUAAUUAGAUUAUCCUUGCUUUCCUGUCACUUUCCACUAAGCUCCAGGUUGGGUUCUUGUGGUGGUCAUAUGCUGAGUGCUUGUCAGGCUCCUGGGCAGCUUAGCUUGUCUUUAGAAAGGUAAUAAAGUUAAUCCCUAAUUUAUGCACAUAUGUACCAGCAGAGGACUCUGCACAGCUGAGUAAAUAAACAAAAUCCACAGCAAUUAAUAAAUUAAUUUAUUCUGAAAAGUGACCGAAGUGUGGGCCCAUGCAUAAACUCCUUUUGGUUUGCAUUGAUCAAACUGAUUGCACAGCUUCAACCUUCUGUUAGCAAUCAGUUUCCUACAACUUAAGCCUUUGCAUGUCAGAAGUAAAUCCUUUUGAGCUCAGUGGAAUUUCAACUUACUCCCUGGUUAGUGGAGAUAGGAUUGCAGCUGUGGAAUGCGAAACAUAUCUGGAAGUGACAACAAAAAUCCUGAUUAAUGGCCUUGAGAGGACUUCUGUAACAGUAGUUAGAUUGGUUUCCUUCUUCCUUAGUUUCAGACUUCAUUGAAAUCACCAGAUAAAUUAUUUCAUUGCUUUUCCUUCCUUCCCUACCACUCAAGAGGUAAAGAAGUAAAAUAAUGUCAUGCAUAUGUUCAGUUGAACAAAAGCAGUUUUAACAAAAGCCAGCACAUUAGCUAGUUUUUGAAAAGUUAUUCGGGACUUUCUUCCUCUCUUCUGUGUUGCUUAUUAUUCCAGCAUCCUUCAUGCUAAUGAAUGAAUAGUUUUACCAGAACUCAACUUUAGGUAGUGACUAAACCUACAGAAGUAUAUCUGUAACUCUGCUAUAGGCUUAAUUAUUUACGGUGCAAUCCAAUGCUUGUCAGAAGUAAGUCUCAUUGAUUCAAAUGAGGCAUACUCCCAGGUAAGUGGGUAUGGGAUUAAAGUCUUUGGGUUGUGUGCAACUAACUUUGAAUUAGAGUAGACCCAGUGAUCCAUUGCUUUUAACAUCAAUGGGUCUGCUCUGAGUCAAAGUUGACUACAACCCCAUGAUUCACAAAUAGGACUUGCAACAAAAUAUUGCAGUGUGGACUGGGUGUAUUCAGAGUUCCAGACAACAAUGGCCUUUUGCAAGACACUCCAUUCCCCCUGGUUUUGUCUUCCCAGUCAGCCGGUGUACCAUGGCUACCGAGCAUGCUCAGUGAGCUAGUUGGAGGUUUUCCCUCCUCUUACUUUUUUGGGGGGGAUAUUUUACAUUUUUGUGUUUCAGCAAACCUUGGGACUCUGCUGAACGUCUUAUAUUUUGAUGCAUUUUGGCUACAGUCUAAUGAGUUUGCUAUUAGCAUAUAGAAUUCUUAGAUUUGCUUAUGUUUAUCACAGAAGUAGAAGUUAAACUGAGUUAAAAGUGAUCAACCAUCACGCUGACUGCUGGUAAGUGUAGCCACAAUCUGUGUACAGUUUUAGCUAUCUACGUAAAGCUGUCUUAAGGUGGUGAUUGUAAGCACGCUUACUAGGGAAUAAAUCCCGGCUGAAUUAAAUAGGACUUGUAAGCAAAGAUGCUUAGAACCGUGGAGCACAGGAGAUGGAACUUCAUGGGGGAAUGAACAUGGAAGAGAAAUCAUAACACACAUUGCAGCCAUAGGAAGUUACAUACUGUAUUCAUGUUAGAAGCUGAUUUAAGCCUCAGUCUUGAAAAUAAUCUCUGGCCACAAUGAUUCACACACUUAGCCAAGUCCCAUUGAACUCAGUUGGACCCCUUCUGAGAAGAUUUGCAUAGGAUGGUAGUGUUAGUUUAUUUACUUAAUUGUAUUUAUAUUCCACCACCUUCUCCCAAGGAGCUGAUGUUGACACACAUGGUCCAAUCCCUCCUCCUCUAAUCCUUGCCAGAUCCAUGUGAGGUGGGUUAGGCUGAGAGGCAGUGACUGGCCCAAGGUCACCCAGUGAGCUUCAUGGCCAAGUGGGAAUUUGAACCCUGGACUCCCGGGUCUUAGCCUGACACUCUAACCAAUAUAACACACAGGCUCUCAGUUUAAGAUUGUUGCUUUAGGCUGUAAGCUGAUAACAUACUUGGUGUAAGUCCCAUUGAACUCAAAUGAGGAAGGGUUAUAGCUGUACCUAGGGGUUGAUGAAACCCCUCCAGGGUCACAGACCCCAGUGCGUGCGUGUGUGUGUGUGUGUAUGUAUACAUACAAUAUUCAACUAUGGUGUUUGAAUUCUACCACACUACCUGGAGUGCCACUCCCCAGCUCAGCACCUCCUUUUCCUGCAGAAGGAAUCUGCCGGGAUCUCCAGCAUAAAAAGCUGCUGCAGCAGGAGGGACAGAAUAAUGCUAAUAUAGUCUUCGUUGCCUUUCCGAAGUUUCCUCACGUCAACUUGGUUUAUAAAGUCUGGACUGACUCUUCUGUAUAGGGAGCAGUGCAAGCCUAGUCGUGCCUACUCUGAAGUACCGUAUUUUUCGGCCCAUAGGACGCACCUAGUUUUUUGGGGGGAAAAUAAAGGGGAAAAAAAAUUCGUCCCAUAGGACGCACUGGCCCACAGGACGCACCUAGUUUUUUUUGGGGGGGGGGGAAAUAAAGUAAAAAAAAAUUCCCUUUAUUUCCCCUCCAAAACCAGGUCGGGGAAUCCAAACCAGGUCAGGGAACAGCGGGAUGGCGGCGCUGCGCCUCCCCGCUGUCCCCCGAGCUUGUGGGGCUGCCCGAUGUCUGCCUGAAGCGCGGGGCGCUGUGCUUCAGCGCUCCCCGCGCUCCGUGCAACAGGCUGCGGAUGUCUGCCCGAAGCGUGGGGCGCUCUGCUUCAGUGUGCCCCGCGCUCUGUGCAGGAGGCUGCGGAUGUCUGCCCGAAGCGCGGGGCGCGCUGCUUCAGCGCGCCCCACGCUCUGGGCAGCAGGCUGCUAUCCGCAGCCUAGGGAGCCCUGCGGGAACUCCCGCAGGCUCCCCAGGCUUGCUGAUAGCUUCCUGAAGCCUGGAGAGCGAGAAGGGUCAGUGCGCACCGACCCCUCUCGCUCUCCAAGCUUCAGCGCAAGCCUGCAUUCGCCCCAUAGGAUGCACACAGAUUUCCCCUUCAUUUUUGGAGGGGAAAAAGUGUGUCCUAUAGGGCAAAAAAUAUGGUAUGUCCCACGGAAUAUAGGAAGUGGCCCAUCUAGCUCACUAUUAUUUGACUAACAACAGCUCUCCAAGAUUUCAGGCAGGAGUCUCCUCCAGCACUACCUGAAGAUGCAGACGUAUGCAUUAGUUUUCAGUAAGGUUGAUGUCAACUUUCCCAGUUGCAUUAUGCAUCCGCGUUUUGCAUGUCACACAAAGUCUUAGUAGAAGUAGAAGUGAAGAGGAAAUCCCAGUCCGGUUGAAGGGAAGUCCUCUUGGCUGCUUGAAAUCUUGACAAAUCAAAUUGAGGUGUUUAUAUAAAACUAGGACUAGCAACUAAUCCUUAUGGUAAAUGUCUGCUACUCCCAAGUAUUCAGGCCAAAGAAAUAUUUACAUGCAGGCAUCAUUUCAGUCAGCAAUUACAUAUGAGAGGCAGACAGCUUGAAACAUUGUGCUGCUAAAAGUAAACACUACUGUAGUUCAGGGCUGCAGCUAAAAUGCACAGUACCUCACAAGGUGGUAAUUUCCACAAGCAGACUAUCUAAAGUAGAAUUUAGCACAUGCGUGAAUGUUUAAUCUCCUGUUCUCACCAGUGACACAGUGGUCCUGCCUUCCAAUGUGUGCUCCAUGCUAUCUAUAUCACAGUUAGGUUUUCCUUCCCACCCCUUCCCUGGCACUACCAUGCAAUUUGUCAUUGUUACUUUGAACUUUCAAAAACUCUGGACAAUAAUCGAAACAAGGCUUGGGUACUCCUCCCUGUCUCACCCCUUUUCUUCUCAUGCUCUCAUUCUCUCUCUCUCUCUAUUUAUUUAUUUAAUUUCUAUGCCACUCUUCAUCCAGGGAACACUGGGCAGUUUACAAUAUAAAAACACAAAAACACAUAACAUAGUAACAAAAAAAACCACACACACGUUUAAAGGGUCAUAGAUGGUUUAAUUCAGGCAUAGGCAAACUCGGCCCUCCAGAUAUUUUGGGGCUAAAACUCCCAUCAUCCCAAGCUAACAGGACCAGUCAUCAGGGAUGAUGGGAACUGUAGUCUCAAAACAUCUGGAGGGCCGAGUUUGCCUAUGCCCGGUUUAAUUAUAUGAAGAAGGGCUUCAGAUGAUGAUUGCAGGGUCUGGGUCAGUUCAUAUCAGUUACUCUAACCAUAGUUUGCCAUGAUAUUCAUAUUGGAGAAAUGAUGGUUUAUGUAUUGUUUUAUUUAUCUAUGACAUUUAGAGUCUGAUCUUUGCCGAAUGGCCGCAGGGUGAAAAUAUAUAUCAUAAAAACACAAUACAACAAUAGAAAAUCCACAGCUACUGCAAAAGUCUUUGGUUGUCAGCAGAGUGUCAGUAGUAUUGGUGUCGAUGCUAAGCACCAAACUAUGGUUUGAAGUCAUGGUUUGAAGCAGGUUUGCAAACCAUGGUUUGUUGGUUGAUGCCAUAGCUAAACAUACUUGCCAUAGCUCAGUGGUGGAGCAUCUGCUUUGCAUGCAGAAGGUCCCAGGUUGUGUCUCUGGUUAAAGGUUUUCAGGUUGCAGGGCUGGGGAAGAUCCCAAAGAGCUGCUGCUGGGCAAAGUAAACAAUAUUGAGCUCGAUGAGCCAGUGCUCUGAAUCAGUACAUGUCGCUUUUAUGUGUCAUGUGUCCAUUAUCCCAUCAUUACCAUCAAUGUACGUGGAGCUGCUUUGGAAAACCUGUUGGUUGAUUCAUAGUGGUUUAUGUUCAUGUCCACAAGUGUGUCUAAGGCUUGACCUGAUAAGAAAACAAUCUUAUUCAAGACUGUAGCUUACUCCUUAUCAUUGUUGAGUAUUGGGAGCUUAGCUUUGGUGAGCUAUAUCUGUGCCUUUUCUAAUUCUCAAGGCUUACUAACCCAUUUUACAAACCUUUGCAUUGCUCUUUUGGCAUAUUACAGCAGGAAAAACCUCACUGCGCCUGUGGUACUGCACCGGUCUUUGACACUAUACUGUGCAGCUGUUGCAGUACCCCAGCACAUGUGUGUGUAGGUCCAGAGGUUGUCUCCAGUGAUGUUUCUCCAUUGACAGAAGGUACUUUGAUCCAGCAGAGGCUUCCCUCAGCUGUAGGAGGAGGCUGGUGAUUUUCUCUAAUUCCCCUAAACAUUGCCCCUGUUCCAAAAACAUGGGAUGCUUCAGAACAGCAUGGGAGGUGGUGCUAGGGAUUGUAGGAGAGCAGGGAAUCUGCAAAAGUCACCUCCUUCUUCACUGGUGUGAGGGGCACCAUUGAAUGCAUACCUUGGAAAUAGGCACUUAAGCACUUGUUUAUUGCAAGUUUUUUUUGUACUGCCUUUCACUAUAAACAUCCAAAGCAUAGCAAGUCCUAGAGCUAAAUGAUCAGUGCAUAUUUCUGUGGACAUAAAGAUAUUUUGUUCAAAAUCGGAGGUCAAAGCUUUCUCUAAAUGGAAAGCACUUCCACCAAAAUGAGAUAAUGAGGAUAUAGAAAGGUAGAAAGUUUCCACCCCAGAGAAUAUUGAGCAGCAGUUUGUCUUCGUGCAAAAAAGCCACAGAUUUUUACUCAAAAACAGAGUGAGUUUGUUGGCACAGAGUGAUGCCCUUGUGUAAGAGACAAAAAAAAGGGGGGGGCUGGCAUGACUGAAAAGCAGGGUGUAAACUGUUGCCAAGACCAUUGAUUUAAUCACUUUGUAUGUAUUGUGCUCAUUUUUAAUCUAGUUAUUUUUACCUUAGGACAGAAUUGUUAAGUUGUUGUUCAUUGGACCUCUUCAUGUGGCUUUACAACUUUUGUAUACAUUUUUAAUCUGUUUAUUUCUAUCAUUUCGUUUGUUGCUUGGGGAUCAAACAUAUUAAAUGAAGAGCAGGCUAUGAGUACUGUCCAGUAAAUAAAUAAAGGUGAUUGUCUCAAACAAGCAAUCCUUCAAUUCAUAUCUGAAGGGGUACUGGAUGCUUCAAAUGCCCUGCCGAACAUUUGAAUGAAUUCUCAAGCGACAUCUGUGUUACAAAGGCCUGCUUUGUUGGCAGUGCAGAUGGACUUGAGGUGAGCAUGAUGCACACAUUCUUGUUCAGAUCUGUAUCGGCAUGUACCUGAAAUGACUCUGGCAUGUGAGAAACAACUAAUGCAGCAUUAAGUCCUGAAAGAUCCCAUAGCCUCUUUGUGGUAGUCUACUUCUAGUACUGCUCUUAAUAUUGUCUUGAAAUGGUUCCUCUGCUGUCAAGGUACAGGAAAAGUAAUGAAUAUGCAGAGGGCUGGAUCUGAGAAACCUGGCUGCCUAGCAUGGCGUGAUAAAGCAGAACAGCCUCUGCCGCUUGCACAGCUAAGCUGGAAGAUUGGAGGGGAGGCAAAACCUUGCUGCAUACUAUGCUGCGGUAAUUUUGUCUGCCUGCACUUUCAGCUGGUAGAGUAGGAAGGUCCACAGUGGAGAAGUGAUGCUGGCAUCAAUCCAUGGAGGUGAUUUAAUUUGGUCAGAGGAGAAUCUGCCCCAUCACAUUGUGGGUUUAGACUGCUGUUAGUUGCACUUGGGUCCCAUUGAAAUCAGUGGGACUUCACUUGCACAUGACUAACUUUUCACGUUUGAUGGUAUCUAAGUGUGACUAAAGUGCAUCUAAAGCUAUGGUUUUCCCAGUAGUGAUGUAUGGAAGUGAUAGCUGGACCAUAAAGAAGGCUGAUCGCCGAAGAAUUGAUGCUUUUGAAUUCUGGUGCUGGAGGAGACUCUUGAGAGUCCCAUGGACUGCAAGAAGAUCAAACGUAUCCAUUCUUAAGGAAAUCAGCCCUGAGUGCUCACUGGAAGGACAGAUCCUGAAGCUGAAGCUCCAGUACUUUGGCCACCUCAUGAGAAGAGAAGACUCUCUGGAAAAGACCCUGAUGUUGGGAAAGAUGGAGGGCACAAGGAGAAGGGGACAAAAGAGGACGAGAUGGUUGGACAGUGUUCUCGAAGCUACUAACAUGAGUUUGACCAAACUGCGGGAGGCAGUUGAAGACAGGAGUGCGUGGCGUUCUCUGGUCCAUGGGGUCACGAAGAGUCGGACAUGACUAAAUGACUAAACAACAACAAGUGUGACUAGCUUAGCCUGGUUCCAAUACAUAAUGACUCUGUCUCACUGUUGCAGCUGUAUUUAUCUCAGUUAAGGAAGUCAGGAACUACUAUACAUGAAGUCACAUAAAAGACAUGAGUUCCAGAAGUGCAAACUUAUUCCUGUUCUGGGCCUGAAGCAUAAGAAGCAGCAUGAUUUAUUACUGGGUUGUUGAAGAGUACCGCCUUUGGAACUAUAAUUGUUUAUUAUAGGUUACAAAGGAUUUUAAUGAUACUUGCAUAGCAGCAUGCUUUGCAAUUAGUUUACAAUGGAACGUCUGAUGAAGACUGCCAUCCUGGAGAAAUAUGCAUAAUUUGUCUUUCUUUUUUUCUAAUGAAAUGCACAUGUUCUGGCAUAAUGGCUGGGCUCAAAUCUGUUCUCCUGGCUAACUGUCAGCAUGCCCAGUGUUCAUCAGACUGAGUCGAGAGCCACUGGAAUUGUAAAUACAACAGACAAGUCAUUUUAUGAUAUCGGACAGAGGAAUUCAGCUUUGGCAGAGAUCCUGGAGCAGUUGCCAUAGCUGUGUGUCAGAGCUGAUCUUUAGAUCUAUGUUUAUCAAGCAAGAUUAGUUAGCCUGGUUGAUUAUAUACAGGAAUAGGGUUUUUGUCGUUGUCGUCGUCUUCUUCUCCUUCUCCUCCAAAUAUUUGAGGCAUUAAAACUCUCUACAGUUUGACACACCUUUAUUUUUCCUCACUCCGACUGCAUUCUCAGUUCUUUCAUGCAACAGCACUCCUUUUAUACGACUAUAUUCCACAUACAGCUUUCCAAAGUAGGUCUUGGGUUUCUAUAAGGUGAUUUAGAAGGCAGGGCUGGCCUUACCAUUAGGCUGGCCCUUCUCAGGGGCAGAUGCUGAGGAGAGGUGCUGGAGGACUGGGUUGUGUGUGCCACAGGGCCUGCCUUUCCCCCUAAGCUAGCCUGUUGCCUUCAGGUGUGGUGGAGGAUGCUGUCCCAUUGCCAAUGUUGGAGUAAGAUUCUGCUGGUCCCACUGGUUUCUGUACGUAGAAUGUGGGAGGAAGGCGUCUUUGGGAAGCAAAAUGCCUUUAGCCAGUUUUGAAAGACUGUUUGAUUUGGAUACAGGAGACACAUAUUAAAAAUUUUGAACUGCUAUGAAGUUGUGUUCAGCACAAUGCCAGUAUGCAUGGUAUUUAAUGUACAUUGCAUAAGCAGGUUUCCUGCUCCAUAGGCUGGACAGAUAAAAAGAAAAUGGGAAGAGAAGGCAGGACAGUGAGAAUAGCUCAGUUCGUAGAGCAUGAGACUGUGGGUUUGAGCCCCACAUUGGGCAAAAGAUUCCUGCAUUGCAGGGGGUUGGGCUAGAUGACCCUCAUGGUCCCUUCAAAUUCUAUGAUUCUAAGGGUAGCAGGAAAAUAUGUGCAAAUCCACUUCGAUGUACCCAGACUUGAUUUCUGUAGGAGGCAAGGACUAAAAGGACUAAGCCACAGGUUUCACAGAAAAGACAAGUUUUGAAGAGAAAGAGUGAGGUUGAUUCUAUACCAGGCUUCCUCAGCCUCGGCCCUCCAGAUGUUUUGAGACUACAAUUCCCAUCAUCCCUGACCACUGGUCCUGCUCGCUAGGGACCAUGGGAGUUGUAGGCCAAAAGCAUCUGGAGGGCCGAGGUUGAGGAAGCCUGUUCUAUAUUCAUGACCUAGGAGUGAAUUUCCAUCAUAAGAAUGAGUCUUGGACAAAUGUGCUCCUCUCAGCUUGGCCUUUCUCACAGGUUAUUGUGGAAGAUGUAUUCAAUUAUAAUUGUACAAGGACCUGUACAUUUGCAAUAGAAAUGAUGAAUGGAUAUAAUCCACACACGUAGUCUGUAUACUAAUUUUAAGGAUAAUUUGUUCUCUUUAGAUUUUGUUCCACGGGCACAGAACUACUUGGAGGGCACACAGUGAAGUUGUUGUUUAUUGAAUUUAGUUAGUAUCCGAACAAUCAGAUUUGGUUAAUGAAGAAUGCUGUUCCAGAAACAUUUGUGUGAACCAUGAUGGUACAUGAGCCUGUCACCCACUUAAUGUGAAUGAAUGAGGACAGUGGUGUAGAAGAAUCUACAUUGCCCAAAUAUAACCAUCUAAUUUCAGGGUGUGGCCUCCCUAACUUGCUCCAUGUCCACCAGAAUGUUCCUUGAGGAUAACUAAGUCACCAAGAGACAGACACGACUAAACAACAACAACAAGUCACCAACUGUCCCAGCAUUCUUGGUGCCUACUCCCACCAAACCAUGCAUGGACCUUUUAUUACCAUUCCAUCUUAUUCUACUCAAAAACAUAUGCCCCCCCCCCCACUAUGAUCUAGGAUAUGGAGCAGUUUAAACAUACUCACUGCUCUUUCUUUCUGUUCCUAUUGGGUCCAAGCUAUAGGUUGCUUCAGCUGAAGCAUGAAGUCACUGGACUAUUUCUAACUGCUUUGUUUUAAAAUCAGGUUGUUAAUCAGGUCCCCUAAUCGGUCACAUUGUCAUUGACGUUGCCAAGUCUUCUUUUCUGCUUCCUGUAAAAAGGUAUUGUGUAAAUUGCUUAAACUGUAUGUGACCUUUUCCUGUGAACUAAACAGAGAAUAUGCCUUUUGCUCUUAGUCAUCAUAGACUCCUGAUUACUUGUAGGAACUGAAUUUUCAUAUGUCCAGGAGAACAUCAUUAUGAAAAUAUAAUGACAGUAUGUUUCUAAAUCCACAAGGAAAUGCAAAUGCAAGGGGGUAGAUGUGCAGGGCAGAAUUUUUAGGAUGAGUGCAUCUGCAUUUCUUCCUUCACUCCCUUUCCCCAAGCCAUUCCCUUAGCCACGGUCUUGGUAGUCUUGUUUCUAGUUUUGGAGCUCAGGUGGUUCGGGCUAGUUCUUCCAAGAUCUGUGUUUGAUACACCACACAGCCCUUCCCAACAGUCAUUGGCGGAAGGAGGUUGUGGACUCUCAUUCACUGGAGGUUUUCAAGCAGAGGUUGGAUGGCCAUCUGUCUUGGAUGCUUUAGUUGAGAUUCCUGCAUUGCAGGGGGUUGGACUAGAUGACUGCUUGGGUCCCUUCCAACUCUACAAUUCUAUGAAGGGCUAUCAAGUAUUUAUUUUCAUGCAAACUGUCCCAGGUAUUCAGCCUUGUCAACUCCAGACAGACCUGGGAGAAGUUCAUUGUCUGAAACCUUGGACAGUUUCCGAGUGUACAGAGUAGCACAACUUACAUGUUAGUAGAAUAUGAUUGUCAUGCACUUUUAGCCUCAACCAUGACAUUGCUCCUAUCUGUGUCACGCACUGUGUCUGUAAAGAAACCCUGAUGUGGAUGAGCUGCUUCUCAGUUGAGGCUCCACACCAUUGGGGCAUCUUCACAACCAGGUGCUCUGAUCAUGUGGAGCCCCCUACUCCUAGGGAGCUCAUAUUUUGGUUUUUGGUUGUUGCAGGAAGAAGGGCUGAUGUCAGGGGUGUGGCUAAAAUGUGGCUCUGCUCUAAGUCAACAUGCCAUUGAAAUCCACACAAGCAAUGUGUGGAUAGGUCUAAUAUUGCUCUAGGUGGACUAGUGGCCUGAUUUGGUAUAAGGCAACUCCUUAUCCUUGUGUUCCAAAACCAGUAUAAUUUGCUUAUAUGUUUUAAUGCAAUUAUUUUCACCUCCAGAAAUGUGUGGUUUUUUAAAAUGAAUAAUGCAUUAAAAAUGUCCCUAAUGAAUGGAAAGGCACGGAUGUUCAUUACACUGAUUGAUGCAGGCAAGUGCGUCUGCUGAAAGGCAAACCUGUUUGUUUGCAGAAGGAAUUCCAGGUGUCUAAUUGAGUUAACAAUUUACUUUGGUAUCUUUAUUUCCUUCUAGAAUCAGCUGCUUCAGUAAAUGUCAUUCUUCCAAAGCUUAUGGGCAAGAGGGAAUGAAAACGCCGGUCUUGCUAGGGGCUCCAGUUUAUGCAUAGAUCUUCCAUCUUGGGUCGGACAGAAAAUUAAUCGUAUGUUAGCAGGAAGUUAAAUUAAUGAAUAGUUCUGCUAUUAUAGAUUCUGAUUUUGCAGUCUGUGUUAAAAGUAUGGAUGCUGUUGGCAGCUUGAAUGGAAAGCUGUGCCAGCGCUGCUUGCAUUGCUUUGCAUUGAUGUUCCUGUGCCUAUUGCCUGUAUUUUGCUUCCUAAGCUCUCUGUCCCUGAUCAGCAACCCACAGCCACUUCUGGUUCUGGAACCCCUGCAGAAAACACCCACUCCCUGUCUGAGACCCUGGAGAGCUACUGCCAGUCAGUGUCAGCAGUACAGUGGUAUCUUGGUUCUCAAACUUAAACCGUUCCAGAAUUCCUUUGCUAAACCAAAAUGUUCCAAAACCAAGGCGCGCUUUCCCAUUGAAAGUAAUGCAAAAUAGAUUAAUCCGUUCCAGACUUUUAAAAACAACCCCUAAAACAGUAAUUCAACAUGAAAAUUUCUAUCUAACAAGACCAUUGAUCCAUAAAAUGAAAGCAAUAAUUAAGGUACUGCACUCACACAAUAAUCAAUCAGUCAGUCAUUGCCUGAACUGGGUUCCACACAGUCACAAAAACAAAAGAGACACAAAAACGCAAAAUAAAUAGCAAAACCAGACAGACCUCAUUGUAACACUCAAAACGGAAGUUUGGAACUCAGAACGGAAGCGUAGCACUCAAAAUGGAGCACAUUCGGCUUCUGCAAAAAGUUCACAAACUGGAACACUUACUUCCGGGUUCCAAGUUGUUUGAGUACCAAGGCGCUUUAGAACCAAGGUACCACUGUACUGAACUAAAUGGACUAAUAGUCUGACUUAGCUUCCUAUGACAACUUUUCUUUUUGGCAACAAAAAUACUUCUUUAGUUUUGUUAAUUAAAAUUAGAUAUUAUACAAACUAGUAGUGAACAUGCAUGCAUUGUAGUUUGCAUAAGUGGAUGUAAGCACACCCUUAGCUCACUGACUUUGAUCCAGAGAAAUGUGCUAUUUGGUUCCCCAUUACUUUUGCCUUUGUUUUUCAAACAGUGAUAUCUUAUGGGCGGUGCUGCUGCUGCUGUUUGGAAAACAAAAUCUGCACCCCCUUCCCAUUUGGGCCAACUCUUCUUCUUGCUCUCACGGACGUGCUGGAACACAGGCAUUAUUUCGUAACAGGUUUCGUUGAAACUGCUGCGACUUCCUCCCAUGUAAAUGGGACUUAAUUCCACUUAAUAUGUGCUGGAUCAAGGUCUGGUGCAAGCACUCAAUUUGUAGCAAUGAAAGCAAUUUUUUGGCUAUAAAAACCGAUUACUGCCAGCUAAUAUUUUCAUCAAAAUAAUCACUUCGCUGAUUGCAGUGUUUAGUUAUGACUGUGUGCUUGGCGGCAUUCGACUUAAGACUAGAUUCUGCUUUAUUGCCUGAGAUACAUAUAGGUAAUUCUGCUAAGUGUAUUUGCAAUAGCACCCGGGAUGUAGUAUAGAUGAGGGGCUGCAUUGUAAGAAGCACUUCUCAAAGAGAUUGGGAGAUAGAUAGGCAAGCCGGCAUGCUUUGUGCUCACGGUCUGAUUCUGUGAGCAUUUAAACAAUUGUCAGACACUUAAGUAUGAAGCAAGGCCUUGAUGUGAUAAGCUCUACCUGGCCUGGGGGGGAACUUCUGCUUGUUGAGACCUUGGCUGAUAGCAGAGCUUCUUGAAAGUUCCCGUAGGCCUUCAGGGGGCUCUCCUGUGAAGUGUGGGCUUACGUGGCCCAUGGAAACAAAAGAUGAAUGUCGUAAGUAGGAGCUUCAUUCCUUCUUACCCACAUAGUGUAGUCUAGUCCAUUUUGAAGGUUCAGUUUGCUUGGGAGGAUGAGGCAUAUCAGUCCUUUUGGUGCCAUCGUGAAAACCCACCCCCAAUGUACAGGCCAAAAAGCAGUGGUUCAGAAGAAGCAACAAUGAGCACAGAGUGUGCUGUUCUAAAGCAGACUUAGUGCAGGCUCCAGAGUUCAGUGAGCUAUAAUAACUGCUGGCAGUUUCUACCGUGCUUCUUGUACCAGCACCCAACUCGGCUAUUUCAGAGCAACUGGCUUCUUUAAAAGAGGAUUAGACAAAAGGAUAAGGCUAUCAAUGGCUGCUAGACACAAUGUUCAGCUUCCAUUGUCAGAUGCAGGAUGCUUCUUCUGAAUGGUAGUUCCUGGGAAUCGCAAGUGCGAAGAGCACUGUUGCAGGCAGUGUUCAAAAUUCACCAGGUGCCAGGCACAUUUUGCACCUGGCUGCCAGCCACUUGUGACCAAGUGAAGAUGCCCAGACACCAGGAUGGUGCCAUAUGGAGGUGCAUGCCUGGGGAUCCUUGGAUCUUGACUGUUUUCACACACUAGCAACACCUCCUGUAUAAUUAUAUCUGCACAAUCAGAAUGAAUUUCAGGAGCCCCAAAGUCUUAUUGAAGAAUAUGUACAGCUUUCAAGCCAUCAGGCUCAAAAAUGGCAACUAGGCAUUCCGUUUUGGCAAUUGUAACCCUGGUUGGCUGUUGCGAGAACAGGAUACUGGAGUUAAUGUGCCAUUGGCCUGAUUCAGCAGGCUCUUACGGUGUUUCUUCAGACUUAGCCCCCUUUGCAUCCCAUAUCGCUGGUCAGUCAAGCUGGCCUUGGGCACUCAUUUGAAUUGCCACAGUUCCAUUUUCUUCCGAACUCAAAGGGGAGAAUGGGAGCCUUUUUCACUGGACUCAUCUUAUAUUAGGAAUGUGUGGGAGGGAUGCCCUCUCCACCCAAAAGAAGAGCUGCUGGAUCAGGCCACUGGCCCCUCUGGUCUAGCAUCCUGUGGGCAGUCUUGUGGAUGCUUUGCUUGACUGCUGCUUGUUCUAAUGUGAUAUCUCUCUUUUUAACCUGAGGUAUGGCCUGUUCUCAAGUGCACAUGUAGCGUGAGCACAUAAAACAUAGUCGUCUUUGCUGUCAGAUGGUGGCAGCAUCUCUCCAGGGUCACUGUCCAAAGGACAAAAUACGUGUGUGUGUGUGUGUGUGUGUGUGUGUGUGUGUCCCCAUUGGCAGGGGGAAACUAUGUUCCUUCUUGGGUUGAGAGAUUAAUCCUCUUGCUUUCUUCGUGUAGCAGUUUCCAGCAUGAUCGAUGAACUAGGAAAUAAUCAGGAUUCCUCCAUGGUAGGUUAUACAUCUUAAGACAUUUAUUUCCCAUUGAUUACACAGGUAACACCAAUGUGCCAUUGAUAUAAAUCUCAUUGCAUUAGCAACAGACUUGACCCCCUAUCUAGUCUAGAGCUGGAUUUUAUAGCAUGGCUUGAACACAAUCACUUUUCAAGUGAGGUAGGAGAGGUUUAUUAUUAACAACAAGCAAUAUGCCUGUCAUUAUGACGUGUAAAAAGGUCUUGUUUAGUUCACAGAGGUGACUUUCACCCAUUUGCAUUGUUUUCCCCCCUUUUAGGGGAGAAAAUAAAGGGGUGCCCUUGAGAAUAAUCCCAAGCCUGCUUCUAACUGCAUAGCCACAAACAUACCUUUAUCCUAGGUUCUGUUUUGUGGUCACACUAGACUCUAUAAUAAGCCUCAUAAUCAGAGACCAGUAUCACACUCUAGAGACUAGACAGUAAUGCUUGGGCUCUUGAUAGUCCUCUGUUAACCUAACCUACCUCACAGGGCUGGUGUAAGAUAAAAUGGAUUGGGAGGAGAACCAUGUAUUCCUCCUUAAGUUCCUUGAAGGUGGGAUAUAAAUGUAAUUGAUGAUGAUGAUAGGUGGCUUGUAUAUCAUUUUUGUUCUUUCUAACAUUCAUGGAGCUGCAGAAAUGUGCAGUGUGUGUCAUACAGGGAUCAGAUGUUAUUUGGGUCCUUCCCAUGUAAAGAUGUACGUAACUGGUAAAGUAAAUCCCAUUGAAAUCAGUAUGACGUAUUUUCAAAAGAGGCUUAUGGUUGGACCUUAAGAACAUGGAUGGAAAAAAGGCAAAUAAUGAUGUCGGGGUUGAAAUAUAUGAGGGCUGUGGAACCCGUGGUCUUUCAGGUAGUUUUAGACCCCCCCAACUGUCAUCAGUUCCAGCAAGCAUAUCCAAUGGUAAGGGAUGGUGGGAGGCAGUCCAACAAUGCCUGGAAGGCUGCAGGUUCCCUAUUUUUGACUGUUUGGAAGACUAGCAAGAAUGAGGAUGCGGUGGCAGAAAGUACCAGAUGGACCAAUAUACGACUCUCAAAAACCAGAUGGGUUUUUGUGGAAGAAACUGAAUUUUAAGGAAAGAAGCUUUUGAGGAAAGUGAGUUAGAGUUGAUUAAUGCUUGUGUAUGUAAACUCAUGUACUUUUCGUACCUAAGCUUAGAAAGAAAGAAGCACACAUCACCUCAAUUGUGCCCAUUGCCUGUACAAUGAAACAGUCUGAUUACUUCACACAGAGAAGGGAGGCCCAGUCCUUUCCCAGCAGCUUCUUCUGUGGUUAAUUAUGCAUGUGGCCAUUCUCAAUUGCACAGGUACAUAUAUUUUGCCAUUUAAAUCUCAGGAACUUGGAUCCACCUUUAAAAAUAAAAUACAAAUUAACUGUUAGCCAUGUGCAUCAUGCAAUUGUUGGAUGGAGCAUUUUCCUAGAAUAAUUGUGGAGGCUGCGCAAAUAUGAACUUCUGUGGUUUCUUGUGUGCACUUUACUAUGUGCAGAAUUUGGUGUCGGAUUUUGGUAUGUUCAGUAAUCUUGGCCUGUGGCUAAAGUACUGUUUCAGGCAUCAUCCAAUCUUGAUUUGCUUUUGAACUCUUGCCACUAGCUUGUUGAAAAAUCGCUUACUUUCCCUGGGUUUUCACCUCUGAAGUGAUUAAUGAUAAUCAAUCACAAGAAGCCCUUGGGAAUUACUUUGUACUUAUAUUGCUUCCUGAAUCUGAAUAUUUCAAAGUCGAGCAAUUGGAUUGUCAUUUUGUUCUUGCGGGUUUGUUUUUCCCCUUUGCAUUUUUGUAUUUUUUCCCUCCGAGUUUCUGCUUUGCUGAAUUAAGACUCUGUGCAUGUUCCAUGAUCCUACACAUCUGGAGAGUGAUUGGCAUGGGGUCAACAGAGACCUCCUUUUUUUCUCUCUCUCCCUCACCUGGCUGUUAACUGUGUGCCCUGAGCCUUCUAGUGAUUCACUUCCAUGGCAUCCACAGGUGAAUCAGGCAUGACUUCAUUUCUUAAAACAAAACAUAAGAAAUCUUUGGUAAUUUGUAUUAACUGGGGAAUAUUCAGUAACAAAAAAACAUUGCCAUCAUUUAGGCACAUUCAGACCAAUUGUCCCCACCCACCCCAUAUAUUAAUCUGUACUGUUACCUGCGAGCAUCUGUCUCAUAUGGAGAACUACCUGGUGGAGUUCUCCUAUGGAAAAUGACCUAAUAGAAGAUAAUCUAGUGAUGUUUCAAUGACAUCUGGACAUGGGGCCCCUUCCAGGCCUGCAGUUCUACUCAGAAGCAGAUUGAAGCAUGGAAAUCUGCUUGCAAUGGCUAUCCCCUUCCUCCUAAGUAGAAAUUGCUGCCAGGGAAUGGACCAGACAUCACAAAGCAUCUUCUUCCUCCUCCUCCUCGUGCGUGCACCUGCUGGUGGGAAUGGACCCAGCUACAGUCUGCCAGUGGAGCUAUACCUCUGACUUACCAGCAGAUCCACUUGCAAGGAAGCACUGUUGCUAUAGUAUCCCCAGGUAGGGCUGGAAGACAGUCCUGUCUGGCUAUAGCAGCCGCUCUCCAGGAUUCCAGUGUAGGCUACUCUGAUGAGUUAUUGAUCUGACUCAGUAUAAGGCAGGUUCUUAGGUUCCUGUGACUGGAGCUGCAAAUGAAAUAAUUGGCUGGGACCCUCCCCAGGGUAGCACUUAAAUGCAAACAAUUCCUGUGCUGGUUUUUGUUUGUUUGUUUUUGUUUUUUUUCAUUUGUGGAUUGCAUACAUUCAAAGAGGUGCAGGAAAGUUUAUAGGAUCAAAGGGAGACAGGGCAUACUUACCCUUUUUAAAACCAGACUGAAAAUCUCUGAUGCUUUAGUUUCAGUUUGGUGAUAUGGCUGAUAAAGCACACUUUUCCUACUUCUUACGGACAUAUAGCACCAUCUUCUAUGUACCUUACACUUUACAAAAAACAGGCAGGACAGGUCCUUGUCAAGUGGGACUUUUAUCAAUUAAUUACUGUAUUAAUGUUACUAGGACCAGAUCAGGGCCAGUGGUUUUUAAACAUAGAACCUCACGUUGCCAUCUCUAGGUAUGCAUAUUUACUUUAAAUGGCGCUCCAGAAGGCAUUAAUUAAUUGAUACAUCAGCUGUGCCAGUAUUCUGUUGGGUGAUUAAUAAAACAGAAUUAUAAAGUUCUAAAUGCUUGCAGGGACUGCUGAAAAAUUCAGCAACCACACAUUUCCCUGCUGCUGUAUAGAUAUAACUUACACAUAUAUAGAUAUACUUAAAAUAACCUGAAGCAGAUUCCUUUUAAGGUUAUGACUCUAUUCCGUGUUGAAACAGGGAGAAGAUCACAUAUCUUUAAAGCAUUCUUAUACCACCUUAACAGCCACGACUUCUCUCAGAGAAUUCUGGGCGACAUAAUUUUUUAAGGGUGCUGAGAGUUGUUAAGAGAUGCCCUCACAGAGCUACUGUUCCCAGCACCCUUAAACUACAGCUCCCAGGAUCCUUUGAGGGAAGCCAUGACUGUGGGUGAUAUAAGAAUGCCUUUUAGAUGUUUGGUGAGGAUAUGACUCUUGGAAGUGAGGAACUGGCAAACAGUCCUUAGAAAAACACCAACCCCCACUUAAAUAGACUGCUUCCUGGUACAGUUGGUACCACAGGUUACAGAUGCUUCAGGUUACAGACUCUGCUAACCCAGAAAAAGUAUCUCGGAUUAAGAACUUUGCUUCAGGAUGAGAACAGAAAUCGCGUGGCGGCGGCGGCACGUGGAGCUAAUGGAGACCCCAUUAGCUAAAGUGGUACCUCAGGUUAAGAACAGUUUCAGGUUAAGAACGGACCUCUGGAACGAAUUAAGUUCUUAACCCGAGGUACCACUGUAUUAGGGAAGGCCCGUCACAAGUUUUCCUUACACAGUGAAUAUUCUUUCCAAACCCACAAAGCACUGCAAACAAGGUGUAACGCACUAAGGUUUCUUCAGAGCAGAUGACUCAAGCAAGUGGAUGUGCUGCAACUCAGAAGGUCAUCAUUCUGGGUUUGCUAGUUGAUCUUGGCUCAGGGGUAGGAUAGAAGCACUAUUCAUGCAAGACACCAUUCUCUCAACCUCAACCACCCACCUGUGAUGUUAGGAAAAUGACACUGGCCAACACCACAAGGUUGUUGUAAGCACUGCUGAGGUAAAGGGGUUCCACAGAGGAUGCUCUGAGGGCAGUCCCAAUCCCGUUGCUGGAUUUAUCUUUUAAAUCAGGACUGAGGAAACUGUGGCAUUUCAGCUCUUACUGGACUCUCAUCCACCCCAGUUAACAUGGCCACUGGUCAGAAUUCUGCCCACUCUCUGGGCCACCCUUCCAUGUGCUGUUCAUGAUGUAGAAUGAAUGGAAAGCUUUAAACACCUCCUGAAGACCCACCCAUCUCUUUAUGCAGGUGUUUUCUGGCUCAUAAGAUUCUUCACACUGUUCUGUUUUAUUAUUUAUUGACAUUGAACUGAAUGUUUUCUUGAUGGCUUUUCUGGAUUGAUUGAUUGAUUGAUUGAUUGAUUGAUUGAUUGAAUUUAUAUACCGCCUUAUACCUGGGGGUCUCAGGGCUGUUCACAGAAUAAAAUCAAGAUAUAAAACCACAAAAUACAUAAUAAAAAUAAAAAUAACAACCCAAUAGCCACUCCCUACAAAAAACAUUUUAAAAGGGCAUAGGAUGUUUUUACCCAUGCAUUUCUUUGUAUUUUGAGUUUUAAGUGUUGUGUAUCAAUUUUUCUUUUCUGUUUAAUUGUCUUACUUUGUUGUAUGUUAACCGCUUUGGGAUUUUGCAUAUUAAGUGGUAUAUAAAUUAAUAAUAAUAAAAAAACUAUAUCAACUCACUGUAUGUAUCCCCUUGUAUUCAGCUCCAGAAGAAUGCGAGAGGCAAGGGAAUGAAAGGGUUUUCUGUGUGUACGUUCUUGUCUGGGGAUAGUAGGGUGGGGAGGGGGGGGGCUUUCAGCAAGAAUCAGAACUGAGAAGCGCUGUAUGUUUUCGAUGUGCUUUCCCUUCCCUCGACCGCUUCUCUGUGAAGUGUACUCUAGAGUGAAGUUUGUGUUUGAUUGCUGAUAGCCUCACGCUCUGCACGUAGCACUGUCAUUAAGCCAUCAUCUAGCUGGCAAGGAGCCAGAUCACACACACAGCAGUUUGAGGAAGUCUCCCUGAACCGAAAGAGCUUCCACUGAAACAUGUGUGUGUAUAUAGACAUACAUAUAUAUUAUAUAUCUAUAUACAUUGAUGCACCCGGAGUGUUUGCUCUUGCUAAUUGGAGGCUGGCUCCUGACUCCCCUCCCUCCCGCACCCUGCGCAGGAAAAUAAUUAGUUUUCAACAGCCUCUUGCAUUGUCGGCUUGUGAUGGCAUGGCUGCUUUCUGUGUCCAGUUGAUCAGUUCUUAAAUUAUGGGCACUUCGGGGGGGGGGGGGCAGAAAAUGGGAACAUCUGCUGCAUGCGAUUUAAAAAGGGAAAACAAGAAGUUUAAAUGUUCAGGAACCCAGGAAGGAGCCUAAUGAUGAGAGGACAGGAGGAGUUAGGAGGCUUGCAGAUAAAUAUCCAUCACAAUAUAAGUUGAAGGGUGGAGGGGCAGGAAGGGGCUAAAGAGUAAGACAACACCCUUCUCACAAAAGAAAGAUUAAUUGUUUUGAUAAUUAGAGCAGACUCUGAGCAAAAAUCACAAUUCUGUGGCCUGAGCGUUUCUCUCAGCCUUUAUCUCUCCCCCCCCCCAAAAAAAGCCUUCAGACUUUUGCUCUGUGGUGAAAAUGCAAAGUGAGAAUACACAGCCAGUUUGAGAGGGGGCAAGCUUUUAAUUUUUUUAUCCAUUUAUUUUAUUCAUUUCUAACCCCGGAAAUUACAUCCCUCCCACCCCCAAGCUUGGGACAGGAUCCUGCCACCAAGUUAAGAGAUGGAGAAGAUCUCUGCCCCCUACCCCACCCCUGCCCUUAAAUUCACCUGGAAAUGAACCAACUUUUCUCAAGAAAGCCAGUGAGAAAACAGGUCAUUUCUCCAGUCAAUCCUGGGGCCUAAAAAUGGGGGGGGGGCAUUCUUUCAGUUUAAACAAAAGCAACAGGGGAAAGUGGAGAAAGUGCUUUGGGUUGUUUUGGGGCAGGACGGGGUAUUUCUCAGACACAGAUGAGCUUACAUUGUUCCAGUAACUUUUGUGGUGUUCCAUCAGCCUCAAAAUGCGUCUUCUGAGGAACGGACGCCCUAGGAAAGUGGUGGACUCUCCUUCAUUGGAGGUUUUAUAACACAGGUUGGAUGGCCCUUUUGUCAUGGAUACAUGAGAUUCCUGCAUUGCAGGGGGUUGGACUAGAUGACCCUCUGGAUUCCUUCCAACUAUACAAUUCUAUGAUUGUUUAAGCCUUUAUCUAGGGGUUGGUGGAAAGUAUAUAAUGUUUCAGCCCUUCUUCUCCACUCACGUUAUGCUGCCUGAGCUGUCACUUUUUAACAUAAGGAUUUUUUUGGGUGCGUUAUUCUAAUCAUUUAUUCAUAUACAUUUAUAUAUUUAAAUAUAUAGCCUGCCUCUUGGUUUUGGAUCAGAAAAUAGUUAUAGUUUCCCAUUAAAGUCCCAUUGCAAAUUCAACAGGAAGUUGUUUUUUUAAAACCCAGUGUAGUAGGUGCAAAACCCUACCCCUUAAUGACAUAAAUCCAAAGCCAUUUGGAAUAGUGUCUUGCAACAUUUCUCUAGCUGUGCUGAUAUAAACAAUUGAUUGAUAACUCCUAGUAAAAACAGCAAAUGUGUGCUUCCCUCUUAAAAUCUCGGGUAGGAUCCAAUUUUAUUCCUGCAACAACCCUGUGAGGUAAAUUAAGCUGAAGAGAUGGUGAUUGGACCAACGUUACCCACCGAGCUUCAUAAACUUCACAAAUAUAUUUAUGGCAAAGGCUUUUGAACACUAGAGUUUGUGUCUGUGGCUUAGUAAGGUUUUGAAUCUGUGUCUCUCAAGGUCCUAGCCUGGCACUCUAACCACUACACCACCUUGACUCUGUGAAGUUUCCAGCUGCUCAUCAUUAGCUGGACUGCAUUAUUAUUAUUAUUAUUAUUAUUAUUAUUAUUAAGAACCUGAUCUCUUGAGAGCAAACAACAUGCAAACCAUGUUCCAGUAAGGCUAAUCCAUGCCUCUCAACAGACUCUCACGCAUGUAUUGCCUUCUUGAUUGGCUCCUACACAGGGUUAAAAAUGGUUCACGCACUUUACGAUGAUCCUUGCAGAUUUGGAUCUCAGUGUGCAAUCGCCACACCAGCUGGUUCACUUUGAAUGCACCUGUCAUCUGUUCAGGGGAACUGAACUUGAGGCCCUCCUCCAAUGCGUAAUCAGCACAGCCAAGGUUUAGAGUGCCAAACAUCUGUUCAGCUAGCAACCUAUGCAGAAACAGGUGAACUGGAUUUAUUAUAAACCUAUAAUUGCUGGUGAUUUUAUCUUGCUUUUGAUUAAAAGCAACAUACUGUCUGUUCCAUGUUGCAAAACGUCCAGUGUUUCUGUUUUUAUGUAUAUGUGUCUAGAACAAAUAAAGCAAGGCAUCCACUACCAAUUAAUUGCCAAUAUCUUUUUUAUCAUUAAUUUGCUUUGCUCUCUGUGUUGCAAGCAUUCUUUGAUGAAUUUCAACCAGAAUUGGAGAGAGAGGCUUGUGUAACUAAACCACCAAUUGUGUUUUUAUGUGGCGGUGGGGACGAAAGGAAGGGUGGAAGAGAUGUUUUGCCUGCUGUUUCCUUUCUUGUAUUCUAAAUCCGAGGGUUUAGAAUAUGAAUCCAAUAAUAUCUCUCUGGGCAGGACUGUAUGAAGUAUCACUGAAUGGACAUGGCACUAUGCCAAGAUUGUUUCCUUUGUAUAGCCGGUGUGAGCUGUAUGCUGCCCUAUAUUGGCCCAAGAUAUCCAAUGGUACAUAUGUUAAUUUAUUCAUAUUUUCACCAAUCAGUACAAGCAGAUGAAAACCAUGUUUGAUGCAUUACUGUAUUUUAAUAUUUUGUUGGAAGCCGCCCAGAGUGGCUGGGGAAACCCAGCCAGAUGGGCGGGGUAUAAAUAAAAUAACAAUAAUAAUAAUAAUACUUUUUUAACCUGUUACCAAACUACUGGCAAUCAAGUCCUCCUCUCUACAAAUCUAUAUUAUUUAGUGAGAGAACAUUUGUGGUAAUGGAAAUAUUAUGUGUUUGAAGAAGAUAGAGAAUACAUAUCAAGUUGCGUUUUUCCAGGUCAGGUUAAUUGCAUACUAGUUCAGUUUUAUCUAUCCUGACUGGCAGUGGCUCUUUAGAGGCUCAGGUGGAGGUCUUUCACAUCACCUGCCACCUCAGUCUUUUAAUGCAGAUGCAAGGCAUAUCAUAGAGCUGGAAGGUGUCCCAAGGGUCUUCUAGUCCAACCCCCUGCAAUGCAGAAAUUUCAACUAAAGCAUCCAUGACAGAUGGCCAUCCAACCUCUGCUUAAAAACCUCCUAGGAAGGAGAAUCCACCACCUUCAACUGUUCCUCAUAUGACUAGGUUUCCAGACCCUUGAUCAUCUUGGUUGCCCUCCUCUGCACACAUUCCAACUAGUCAAUACCCUUCUUAAAUAGCGGCACCCUGAACUGGACACGGUAUUCCAGGUGUGGUCUGACCAACGCAGCAUAGAGCAGAACUAUAGAACCUGGGAGCAUCUUCAUGCAGUGCAUGCACUCUUCCACUGAUCUAUGGUUACUCCCAUUGCAUCUUACUUCAAAGCUUCCUCACCAGGUUGUGGCACCACCUGCCUCCGACCCAGGGGCUUCCAGGUGAGCACCGGUACCCCUUCCCCCACAGAGAGGUGAGGUGAGAAUUUCCCCUUGUAACUAUGGACACCUGCCUCUCCAGAUUAGGAGACACUUGGCCUCCAGCAAGUGGUGGUGAUUAAGAUAAUCAGGAAUGACAGCCUCAGGCCUCCGAUAUUGUUCCAGUUGUAAAAGCAGACUGAAUGAGUACGUGCCGUGAAGAACCUCCUUUUCCUGCCCACCUGGAACGCAACAUGCAUUCUCCCUUGUUGUCUUCAGUUGCGCUUUAUGGUGGGUGUUUCAAAUUUGUUGGUCUGGUAAACUAAACAAAAUGAGGACUAAUGGUGUAUUGAAAAUAUUCAGAACAAGAAGUGUAAUACAGUAUGUUUUGGCCAAUUCUGCAGCUCAGCCUCAUACACCAGACACAUAUACCAUGUCGGCGUAGUCUGAUAGAUUUGGAAAGCUCAGCAAAAGAGCCAAGAGCGACCUCAGGCUGUGGAGAUUUGCUCCCUUCAAGGUGUUUAGAUAUAAAGCAGAAAGAAAGAAGGAAACUAUCACUUGAGCACUUUGAAAGAAAAUGAGAGUAUAUGAGAGAACAGUAUGUUAUUAUGGUACCUGAAAUAAGUGGCUAUGGGAAAGCAUUUAGAAACGCUCCUUUGGAUAUGGCAAACUCAGGGGCAGAUAAUGAAAAUGGAGAUAAUCUUUAGAGCAUCACCAUUACAGCCUGUUUCCUCGCAAGAAAACAUGGCCUGUUGUUAUCCACACCUGGCCAACUCUCAGUCCUGUACUCUGAAACCACACCCUGAAAGUUCUCCUUGGAAAGUCCCAGUAAAAUGAAAGUGAUCUAUGCAAGUGCUUCUGCACACCUGCCAUUCAUUUCAAUGGGAUUUGCUCAGGAGAACUUCCUAGUGGAUUGUGUCGUUUGAAAAUCACUUGAAUAACUUAGGGCUGAGAACUAGGCAUUACACAGAAAUAUAUAUAUAUACCAAACCCUCUAGUUUCUGUUAUCACCAGUAAAAGCAGCUUUGGAGUAAUUUUUGGAGGAUAGAGCUAUUGGCAGUUAUUAGCCUUGAGGGUUGCAUUCUGUCUCCACUGUGGAGGCAGACUGCCUCUAAAUUGCUGGGAAUUUCAAGUGGGGAGAGUACUGUUGGACAUGAGUCCUGCUUUUGGGCUUCCCAUAGGCAUCUAGUUAGCCACUGUGAGAACAGGAAGCUAGACCAGAUUGGUCCUUGACCUGGUCCAGCAGGACUCUUUAUUAUGUUCUAAUGUGAGUAAGAAAAACUGUAUGCAUGAUAGGUUUCUGCUUCAUGUUGCCCCUUCAUGCCACUUCCCUCCUCUUGGUCUGCUUCAAAUGCACCACAAUUUUGGCGGUGAUGGAAAGGUAGUUGCCACUGUCAGUAUAAGCAUUUUCAUGGAAUGUCUAGUUUGGCCCCUUGAACCCUAGCACUGUAGCACCAGAAUGGACUAGAAAGUGACCAUACACUAACAGCCUGUGCUUACACGGUGCUUGCUUGAAUUUCGGGUGGGGUGGGUGUGCAUGUGCAGACAGGACAACUUCAGGCAGGAUUGGGCCAACCAUUCCUACACUAAUACUGCAGAAUUUUUAAAAUGUAUUUUUAAGGUCUCUGCCGGCCCUUGACUGACUAUUCCUCAGUUUCACCUGCUUCUAAUCUCCAGCUUAAAAUUAUUUACGAAUCAGUUGAAAUGAGAAUGAGUUUCACAUUCUUUAUCCAGGAGCAUUGCUUCUUAAAAGCAUUGAUUUUACAGGAGAAUGGGGUGUGUGCGAAUAAUCUUGUUAGCACCUACAGAAAUCAGUUUGUGAUCAGUGGCAUUGAAAAGCUUGGCAUUGUUUGGGUCAUGGCAAAAAAGAGUAAAUAGAAAGUUUAAGAAAAAAGUGGAAACAUUAUUUGGGGGGUUUGUUUAUUCAUUUUUUAAUUAAAAAAAUCUUCACUUAAUUCUAUUGGUAUCUGCAAAUAUUUUAUCCAUUUCUCUUCUACAUUAUCCCCUUAUUGCCAUUUUAUCUCGUUCGUAUUGGUUUUCUCAUCUCAGUUUGGUAUUCUCUUGAUUUCAGUUUGUGUUACGCGCUUUGCUUGCUUCUGUGUCAAUUAUCAUUGAUUCCCAGGGUGGGGUAUAUGUUUCUCUCAACAGGUUUACUGUGAGCGUUCCAUUGAUGUUUGCUGUUUAUGCAUUUUAAGUAUUUUCUUCAAAAAACAAACUAUAAAACAUCCAUGAAGAAAAAUCUAACCAAUGUUCAUUCUCUUUGCAUUUCAUCGCUUAGGCAAUGGUAGCCUGCUACCCUGGAAAUGGAACUGGCUAUGUGCGUCAUGUAGACAAUCCCAAUGGCGAUGGGCGCUGUAUCACCUGUAUUUACUACCUGAACAAGAACUGGGAUUCGAAGGUAGGAAGACGGUGAUAUUUUGAGAGGCACUCAAAGUUUGCCUUCUGCAUUGUACUGCUUUCUUACUCUUUAACACUAUAUUGAACUGUGUAGAAUGUCUUCAGCCAGGAGUAGCAGGUGAGAUGGACAGUGCUGUGGACAGCAUUUUUGUUGUCAGGUGGACUCUGUGGUGCAACUUAAAUGCUCUGACAUCAAUGAUGCACUGCUCCACCCCACCCCACCCCAGAAUGUGGCAGUGCCACCAUUGUCAUGAGGUGAUGCCAGCUGUGAUGCUUCCCCUGCCAUCCGCUCCUGGCCUAAGCCAGACUUCCCCAAUCUAGCACAUCCAGAUGUUUCAGAUGACAACUUCUCUCAGCCUCGUCUGGCACACCUAAUGGGAGUUGUAGUCAAAAACACCAGGAGGGCACUAGGUUGGGAAGCAACUGAACCAUAACACCAUUUUGUUACUGGAUACAUAACCACUGUUUACAGUGAGCACAGGGAAAACGUGAAGCUAAAAUUCAUUUCCUUGUUGCAUUAUUUUUAUUUCCAUUUGACACGCAAUUUUUGGAAGGCAAGUAGUUAUUUGGAGGUUCUGGGCUGAGGAUUUAAAGAGAUGGAUAAUGAAGGUUUUAGCCUGAUGAAAACAAAACAACACCGCAAAGAAACAAAUGUGCUUUUGGCAGCUGAAGCAGAUUACAUAAAGAAUCACAGGAUAGUUUGUAGUCCUCUCAUCCUUUGAACUAUCCCUCCCUCCCAUGAAACAACCUUUAAAGAAUGCUAAAGGAACAAUUGUGCUUAUGAGGGAUUUUUUUUUGUCUUGCGUUAUGCAGAAGGAGGUUGUGCAAACUUGUAUUUUUUCAUUAUUGGGUAAGCCUCGCCCUCCAUGCCUUAGCCUAAACCUCAUAAAUAGCAGUGUAUUUGCUAACAUACCUGUUCAGGGCUUGGAAGCAGUUUGCCAUGAUGUACCUGAAGAGAAGUGAGUUGGCAUUGUGCACUUAGGAUCUGUCAAAAACAUAAAUUUUCAAAGCCCUGAAUCUGGGAAAAAAAUGUCUUCUACAGUCAAUAGCAGUGCCCAGCCCUCGUGACUGACAAGGAAAUAUUGACAGAAUGGCCCAGCUUGCACAUCGUGGUAAAACAUUGCUCACUUCUAUUCUCUUGUCCCGGGAAGAAGCAAAGCACAAUCCCUGGCUUAGUUUUGCAGCUGAACUGGGGAUUGUGGUUUGUUUGCUGCAAAACUCCAGCUCAGUAAUCCAAGAACAAACUCAGCUACUGAUUGUGGUUUCUUGGGAACAAAACAAGCCAUGAUCCCUGAUUCGGACAUAACACAAAGCCAGGCAUUCGUGGCUUCAAGGAGCGAAAUAGACCAUAAAGGUGUGAUCGUGGUAAACCAUUGAUGUGCAAACCAAGCCAGUAAGAUCCCAAACCCUCUGAGUAGGGAAUAGAAGAACCCGGACUACAUUUUCUUAGAACUCUUUUCUGCUUAGAGUUUUAUUUAAAUAUAAGUAGUAUAUAAAUUGCCUGAGCGAGUGAAAUGAGUUGCUGCCUCCUGGGGGACUCAUUAUAACUUGCAAGCUGCCAUAUUAUUAGGACCAAUUCCCUAAAAAAAUUUUUCUUAAGUAUACACAAAAGUCUCUACAAGUGGCAAACACAAGUAUCAUAUAUGUAGCUCAUCAGGAGCUAUAAUUGGCUGCAAUCCCCUAUUGAAAUGUGUCGACCUGGACUUAUUCUGGGAGCUCAGAGGUGGCUGAAAAAUGCUUCUAAACUCCACCAUGUUUUUAAAAGGCCUUAAGGCAGCACAGGUUGCUGCUGCCUCUCCAGUUGGUUGGCUGGCAGAUUGUGGGACCAGAGACGGCUUUGAUGUCUGCGUAGUUAGACUCUUCAUCCAAGUUUUGGCAUUUCCCAGGAGGAAAAUGUACCUGCCGUUUCCAUUGAUGCUUCCCACGCUCCUUGUGAAGUAAAACUCUCAACCAAAGUGACAGCCCUGUGGGUGUGCCCCAUGGCUUACAGUUGGGCUGCUGUGUAAGUGCCAGUAACAGGCCUGAGAGCAACAAAUAAACAGAGAGGAGUGGGGGGUAAAUAAAGCCCCCUGGUUUGGCGCACCAGAGACAAAACAGUGAGGAAACUCUUUCCCCAUCUGUGCUAUGCAUUUAAAGCUGUGUCAUAUCGCUUCAAACAGCCAUGGCUCCCCCUGGAGAAAACUGGGAACUGUACUUUGUUAAGGGUGCUGAGAGUUGUUAGGAGAUGUUGCUUUGCCUCAGAGAGCUACAGUUAUCAGAGUGGUUUUGCAACCAAUCUCUCUUCUCAGGGAACUCUGAAUUGUUGCUCUGUGAGGGUCAUAGGAGCCUCCCCUCCUUGGCACUUUUAACAAACUAGAUUUUACUUUUACAACAGUGUCCCACGUGGAAGUUUAUGGGGAGGGGCGGGAUCCGAAGAGAAACAACCGUAUAUGCAAGUGUACACUUUGAAAUAUCCUCAAGAAUCAAGCCUCGCUUGCAAGUUACAACGAACCUGCCAGGAAGCAGCAACCUUUUUUAAAAAAAGAAAAGAAAACCAAACAACACCACAAAUGAUAAGACAAGCAUUCUAUAAAAAGAAAGGAUAAAUAAAGCUGUUUCUUUUCUAUCAUGUGCCUAAACAGAGUUAUACUUCUGUAUUUAUCCUGUUGACAGUCAGUCAUCAUUCCUAAGCCCAUUAACGGUGCUUCUCCUCCCAGUAAUAUUUUUCCUUUUACUUUACAUUAAACCUCCCCUUCUGUUUCUCAAACACUUAUGAUUCACAACCAUAUCUUAAAUUUUCUUAAGUUUAAAAAUGAAUGCUGUUCCUUUCUCUCUCCCAAGCUACAUGGUGGAAUUCUACGAAUAUUCCCAGAGGGCAAGUCCUACGUAGCAGAUGUUGAACCUCUGUUCGACAGAUUACUUUUUUUCUGGUCAGAUCGAAGGAACCCACAUGAAGUGCAGCCCUCCUAUGCAACAAGGUAAAGAAGAUGUGAGUUUUUUAAAAAAAACAACCAUUGGAUGAUACCCAGUUGUGGCAUCUGUGAGUGGAAUGGAAUUCAAUCCUGGCACCCAGGCUACCCCUGCCUCUCCCCAUUUCCUGUGUGCUCUCCAAAUCUGCCCUGGAGGAUUCGAUAUCCAUCCAUGGAUAUUUUGCAUUUUUAUGUCCUUGCUCCCAAGAUAGACAGCAAUUGAUUGGUUUUAGUUGUUGGAUGGGUGCUCUGUUGAUAGUGAAUUGGUUGCCCCAUAAAAUUGGUUGAUUUUAUGACUGAAUUGUGGUUCAGUGGGCUUUAUUGGUUUUGUUUAUUUCAAACAUUGUUUUAAUUGUGUAUUCUUUUGCAUGUCACCUAGAGAAACAUUCUUAUUCAAGUAAUAAAUAGUAAAAGGGUUCAUCUAAUGAGUCAUCAGAGGAAGCCCUGCAUAAGAACUUCCUCUUGCACAACAGGGCUUCCCCCCUUCUCUCUCCCCCCACAUCUGCAGAUGGACCAAUAUGGCUUAGCCAUUAAAGCUGAAUUUUGCUGAAGAAAUUAGCAGGGACAAAAACCUGUAUUGUUUGCUUGCUUGUUUAUUACUAAGAGCAUUUGUAUGUCACUUUACAAUCUCAAAUUCUCUGGGUGGCAUACAGUAAGUAAGUGUACAAACAACUUAAAUAUAACAUAAAACAUACGACCAUCAAAUCAAAAGCAACAUAAAUUUUAAAAAAAGAACAAAAUCCACAAGAAUCCCAAAAUCAAAAUAGAUUUUUAAAAAAACCCUGAUGGAAUUAUACUAUGAGUUAUUUAAAAACCAUAAAGAAACUGCCUAUGAACAUCAUAAACACAGUUUUGAUUCAUUAUCUUUAUUUUUCACCAUAGCUUCUUCUAAUGCCAUAUUUUAUAUUUGUGAGGAAAUGACUUAAUGCUUUUUCACAUUUAGAGUAAAUAAAAGCCCUGAAUGACGGUGAUUUGCAUAUGCAUGGUUUUGUGUAAAGCACUAUGCAAAUUAAUGUUGACCUCUUGGCUCAACAUAUGAUUCCUAUUGUGCUUUUGGAUGCUGAACAUGUUGUCCAACCCUGUUCAAAAAAGUACCUCCAGCUGGCAGAUUUUUCUAACCCACCUAGGGCUGGUGCAUGUAAGCAAGCACUUCUUUCAAAACGGCCCCAUAAAGGUUGAGGUAUAUAGCAAAUGCUUUGUUGAGUGGCUUUCCAUGUAAAUCCUGGCUUGGAGGAUUGAGACCUAAAUUUAAUGAGCCAAAAUAAGCACAAACUUCAGGCACCUGCAUACACCUGUUUUGCUCCCCACUUUGCGCAAGCAAGCAAACCAACCAACCAACCAAGAGCCACAAUUUGCUGUAGCUUCUGGUUCUGCCCAAACCAAGAAACUCUGGUUAAUAGUUUUCAUACAAGCCAGGAUCUGGAAGCCAACUUUAGACCAUAUGACUUCAUAUUCUAGCUUGUUUGGAAGCUAUCAACCAUAGUUUCCUGGUUCCGACAUAAACGGAAACUAUGGCUAGCUGUGGUCCCUGGCUCAUUUCAACACUUGUUCAAAAGGAGGGGUGAAGUGGCUGCAGCUAGUUGUCUCAAGCUCCUGUUGACUUGAACCUUUGCCUGCCACCAUUAUUUCCCACAUCCCUUUGCCACUGUUUAUGCUGCUGCUGCCAUGAUUGCUCUCACUGAUCUGGGCAUGUGUAAAAUAUUUUUGCUCAUGUGGUCCUUUCUGAUGGCAUUUUUACGUUAGUGACACCUGAUGAUCUUUGCUUUAGACAAUGUACUAGGUAGCUAUAGUCCAUUAUUUUCAUAUUUCAUAAUAUUGCCAUAAAGAACUUCGAGACAACUUAGGUUACCUGUUGUAUGCGUCUAGAUGUGUCUAUAACUGGAUAGAGAUGAAGGCAUAAAAAACAGCUGUAUUUGUCUGCCUAUUUAUAUCUGUGUGCCUUGCAUGCAAAUGAACAGAGUUGUGAUGUGCAUGCCUAGACUGUCACCUACUGACCAAUUUGGCUGCUUAUUAAUAUAUUUCUAACAUUGAAGUGAAUCACUCUUUCUGUAUUAUUAUUAUUAUUAUUUAUAUGAGAGAAAAGUGUAGUUUUCUCCUCUCUCAGGGUAGCAUUUAGAGACUUAAAUCAAUUUCCUCUCCUUUACAGGUAUGCCAUGACUGUGUGGUAUUUUGAUGCUGAAGAAAGAGCAGAAGCCAAAAAGAAAUUCAGGAAUUUAGUUGGUAUGUUCAUUUAUUUAUGACAUCAUCAGAUCUGCCACGCAUCAUAUUGUGAUAUUACAAGCUCCCUAGAAUUAAUUACAGUGGUGCCUCGCAAGACGAAAUUAAUUCGUUCCACGAGUUUUGUCGUCUUGCGAUUUUUUUCGUCUUGCGAAGCACGGUGUCGGGAAAGUUUUGGAAAAGCUUCAAAAAUCACCAAAGUUUUUUAAAACCUCAAAAAAGGCUACCACACCGCGUUCCAUGAGUUGCUCCUCGAAGUCAAGUCGCAACUGUAUUAACGGUGUUAAGAAAAAGGAAACAAACUUGCAAGACGUUUCCGUCUUGCGAAGCAAGCCCAUAGGGAAAAUCGUCUUGCGAAGCAGCUCAAAAAACAAAAAACCCUUUCGUCUAGCGAGUUUUUUGUCUUGCGAGGCAUUCGUCUUGCGAGGUACCACUGUACAUGGAAUUCACCUUAGGCCUGAUCCAGGAAUUCAAUUCAUAUGUGAAAAUAGGUUUCUGUCAGAAGAUGUACUGUAUAGUAUUCAGCAGCCUGUCUGCAUUCCACAAUUUGGGCAAUGCAUUCAGAGUAUUUAUCCCCCAUGCAGAAGCGUCUCUGAAACCGUUGCAACUUCAGAAUGAGCAGUAUGCUCACAAUCUUCAACCGUGCCUGCCUUUCCCUUGAUUGGCCACUGGACUUUAAAUCGGAUAAUAUCAGUUCUUUGUAAGUGAGCUCCAAAAUGUGUAAUGGCCCAGUUCACACAUCACACCAGUCCAUAGUUUAGAACAAACUACGGUUUAGUGUGAGCAAGCAGCAUCUGGCUCAUGCCUUACUCCUGCUGCCACAGCUAGACCACACAGAGUUUGGCUUGUCAUGUUGCCUGAACCGGGGAUUGUUGGUUUGUUUCCUCCAAACAAACCAUGAGUGGAAAGCCAAGAAACAUUGGUUACCACUUGUGGUUUGUUUGGAGAAAACAACCCAUGAGCCAAGUUCAGAUGACAUCAACCAAACUCUGGUUUGUUUGCUCUCUAGCAAGGUAGAAGCAGGAGUAUGGGAAGGAAUGACUCUGGUAUGUUUGAGCAAGGUGCGCCAGGAUGCCACUCCUUCACUUUAAACCAUGGGUAGGCAACCUAAGGCCCAGGGGCCAGAUCCAGCCCAAUUCUAAAUCUGGCCCACGGACAGUCCGGGAAUCAGCGUGUUUUUACAUGAGUAGAAUGUGCCCUUUUAUUUAAAAUGCACCUCUGGGUUAUUUGUGGGGCCUGCCUGGUGUUUUUACAUGAGUAGAAGGUGUGCUUUUAUUUAAAAUGCAUCUCUGGGUUAUUUGUGGGGCAUAGGAAUUCGUUCAUUCCCCCCUCCCCAAAAAAAUAUAUAGUCCAGCCCCCACAAGAUCUGAGGGACAGUGGACCGGCCCCCUGCUGAAAAAGUUUGCUGACCCCUGCUUUAAACCAUAGUUUGUUUUAAAAUAUGGCUUGAUAUGAUGUGGGAACCAGACCAAGAUAAGGAAAGCGUAGCUGCUGCUGCUGCUGUUCUGGAUGAUGUGAUCUCAUUGUGCCAAUGACAUGGAGGGUGGGUGGGAAAAUUUGAACCACAAUGACAUCACAUCACAAAUCAUCUUAGAAUGAAACAUUUGCUGUGAAGGUAGGAAAGAGAUGCAGAGAGGUGGCAACCAUACGUUCCCCAAAACAUUCAGUUUCAGCCUACUUGGAUUUCUUGAGUUCUCAUUGCUGAUUUAGCAUUUGAGAGAUCUUUAAAAAAAAAUAAAUACAGUUGUGAUAAGCAGCAAGACCAGGGUUUGGUUUUAAAGCAUGUGGUGGUGUAGUUAAGACCACAAAAAUCUGGGUUCAGAUUCCUGCUACUACAAACCCGAACACUAAGAAUGUUGCCGUUUUCUCUAGGAAAGAUAUAUAAACUCAGAUAUUCAGUAUGAAUACUAUGUUGGCCUGCCUGCAACAUGUAUUCUGGCAUUUAAUCAUAUAUUUGAUCUUUCAUUGUAGAUGCAGGGAAGACAGAAGCAGUUCUCAACGAAGACUGAACAGAGGGAUACCCAACGUAAUUCCUUUUAAUGAUGAAUACGGGACUGUUUUGCAAGCAAUAAGAUCCAAAGAUGUGGUCUGUUUCCGGUGAUUACUGGACUCUCUUCUUGCAGAAAUGCACUAAUUUUUUGGGCACUGUCUAGCAUUUGCAUAUUACAGUGAUGGUACUCCUGGCAGCUUCCUACCACAUCCAUUUUGGCAUAAAGCACCCCUCUUUUCUACCUGCCUUUUAAGUGAAGAACGCCACCAGGUGUUGUUUUUUAGAAAGUGAAGAAUAUCACCAAGCCUGGUGCUAAUGACAAGACCGAGUUGGCAAUACUGGUAAUAAAGAUCCUAAGCAUUCGAAACUGUUGGGGAAACCUGAGUCUUGAUUUGCACUUUAUGUACGUUUUUCUAGUUCAAUGGGAAGGAUCCCUCUCUGGCAGACUGCAGAUGGGCAGCAACAGAAGCAAUCAGGGAUGCAAAACGGAACUACAGUACACGUCUGUCAGGAGCCAACUUCAUUAUGUUCAACGUGGGGCUUUUGAUGGGCCGCCUUGUCACUUUGCUGCACAGGCUAUUGGCUUCACCAGCCUAUAUUGUUAAUCCCCCCCCCCAAAAGGAUAAGCCUCCCAUUUCCCAUAAAAUUGCCUGGAUUUUAUUCAUGUUGCUAAAGCCAAGCAGCAGCAGCAGCAGCGUUCCAUUGCUCUGCCUUUUAGAGCCCCAGGACAGAGGUGGAAGCAGUUGAGCAGCUGUCCACUGUUUUCUGUUUUUCCUCUUCUUUUUCUGAAGUAUGAAUGAUCUGUCUAUACACAUUUUAGGAAGCAGCCACCUCCUACCCAAAUUUGUAAACCUUUUUUAAAUAAAAAAAAGUUGAUGAUAAACUGAAUGCAUAUAUGCCAAGAAUUCACCUAGUCAAGCUUUAUUUUUAUUCUUUUAAAACUGAUCUUCCAACUGCCACAAUUUGAAUGAUGGAAAUGUAACUCUGUCUGGUUUUUUUUGACCUGGUAAUUGCAUGGCAGGAUAGCUGUGGUCAGAUACAGAAUGCAUUCCUGAGUCACUUUACAUCUCUUAUUUAAUUUCUCCUCUGACAUUAAUGGAGCUCGGAUUGUACAACUGAAUCUCAAACCCAAUCUCUGUUGUUUGUGAGUCUAUGAGGAAGUGUGUUCGAUACUUCAACCUUUACAGCUCAAUCCUAAAAUUUGUUGUGCCAGCAAAAAGUGUCAGAUGGGACGUACGAUACUGUCUGUACCUACGCAAUAUCAUAGCACAUUACCUUGCAGGCAGGCAUGCUAUAAAAACAUUUUGGACUAAGGUUCAUAGUCUCUGUGGUGCCAAGUCAUAUCCCCACUGCAGGUCAGAUGUUUGUGUAUUUUUAUUUCAGGGUAUGUUGUGAUUUGUGUGGGGAGAAAUUACUUGGUCCCAGGUUUUACAUUACUGCAGGAAAAUAUUUCCUUCCUGCAUUUGGGCCAUGAAUUGUGCUGAGACAGGAUUAGUAAUUACCAAGCACAAGUUUUCUUACCCUAGUUUCACUUUUUUAAAGGAGAGAGAAAAGAACACUUUUUUAUUCUCAAUAGCAGAAACCUAGUCAUUCAAGCACUUACCAUAGAUCAUGCGUAGAAUGGGAGCAAUACAAUGGUUAUUUCCCUCAAAAUCGUAUUGUUUUCACCAAAGUAUGUAACACAAACAACACAUGAGUAUAAAUUCACUCAUUUCAUUCAUACCUAUAGCAAUGAUGUGAACCUUGCUUUGUUCUUCCAUAUGUAUAUAUUUUCUUCCAUGUUCCAUAUAUUUCCACAAACUUAAUUGACACAGGCGGUUUGCUUUUUUCUUGUUCAUAGAAACCAACAUUUUCUUCAGUGGUUUCAUUUUGUGCUAUUACUCUUUAUACAUUUAAAUAAGGAAUGACCAUUAUCAUAUUCCCAGACAAGCACAAUGCUCUCCCAGAACUAAAGCCCAUGAACAAGACUAAUAUUUAAGCAUUGCUUAGUCUUAGCACAUACCUGUGUGUGUGUGAUAAAUAUUAAGCCACUUAACAACACAGCAUGUAAAGGCAAUAUGUUUUGUAGCAAAUUAACAGUUGUUUCUUUAAGGGGAAAAAAGACACUCUUGCUGCCAUAUUUGAAGUCUGAAUUUUAAGAUGCUUCUGAAUGGUUCCACAUCCUCAGGUUCCUGUGUGAUCAAAAUGGUUUUAUGCAUUUUGGUGGGAUUGCUGUGUGACUUCAACACAGAGAGCCUGCUUAAUUUCAGAAAGAAUUGAUCAGCUCAAAUUAGACUUCAAUAGAUAAAGCAUAGAAGCUGAUUCAUCCCAUCUGUGCUAGUGAGUGAUAAAACCUCCCCCCUCACAGGUAACAUAAAUAGCUCACAUCAGUUGAAAAAGAACUAUAUUACCACACACUUUUAUAAAGCUACUGUCAGUUUCGUUGUUCUGUAUGGGACAAUGACAAUAAAGAUUAUCGUAUUGUCCUCACCACUCAUAGAUAAGUUACAGCCUGCGUGCUCAUCUUUCUUAACUCCUAAGCAUCUAAAAACUUGAAAAUGCAGGAAUACUCAGAACUAUGGUUGUAAGCGUGGUAAAGUAUUUGAAUGUUUUAGUGACGUUAUAUUUAUGCAAAAUUUUGGAUAUUUUCAGAUUAUUACAAAAAUGGGUGAACUGUUUUGAAUGGUUCUGAAUUCUGUUUCAGCAAACAGUCUAAGUGGUCUAUUAAGAAACGGUGGCAGCAGAUCAAUGAAAUAAUUGGAUCAAGCUAAAAAGUAUUGAUGGUUGAGUUUUAUAUGAGUGAAAUAUUCACUGCUGGUAUCUCAACCAAACGGCGCCAAUUGGACACGGGAACUGGAAGGGGUGUGAAAUAAUUCCAGUGCCUUUAGUAAUAAUGAAGUAUGAUUACUAGACAUUUGAGUUUCACCUCAGAUGCUCUUACCUGAUGUCAAAUACUGCAAUUCAGCAUUGCGUGGAGUUACAGCAUAAUACUCCCUAUAUGAAUACAUGGUGUGUGCACCAUUAAGAGCACAGGAUUGCAGCCUUCAUUGAUUAGUCUAAUGGUUGACUCAAUUAAAAGCAUGCAGCCCAAUAAUUACCUUUCCAAAUCUGUUUCCUUUGCACAUCAAACACACCAGGCAAAGUUGCUGUUCAAAGCAAUUGUGUUUGCUGUGGAAUAAACAUUGGGCAAAAAUGCCAGCUUUCUUAAAAAACAAAAGAACUAUUCCUAUGAGUAGGCUAUUUGUAUUUUAAACCUGGAUGCCCAUUUGUAGACUUCCUGUGCCGAAAGACUUCUGGUAAUCUCAUAUUCCUCCAGUGUUUCCUUUGCUCCUACGAGGUAGCAACUUCAGGGGAGUGGGGUGGAGAGUCCAGAAAUUGUAGUCUUUAAUUUGCAUCUCGUACAAAUGUUUUGUUCCAUACCCACUGAUUAGGUAAUUUUUGGUAUUUUCAUAAUAAUUGAUUUCUAAUUUUGCUUGCAUGAAAAUUGUAUCCAUUUGCUGGCAAAUAUCUCUCUCUAUGGUUUUCGCUUUUUACACCUGUGACUCCUCAACAAUCUCUGGGAGUGCAUUUUGGACAUACCUUUUGCCAGGCUACAUGCUGGUCAUCGUUGCUGGCAGGUAGGCCGAAUACUGAAACAUUCUGUGGUAUUUUGCUGUUCUCCCCACAUUUUGUGUUCAUGUUAAUUUAAAAAAGAAAAAUGUGGAAAAAAGUGUUUCAGGAGUCAAUAAACACUGGGUCAUACCAUCAU